AUGUCUACAUACUAUCAGCGUCUGAGACAUUCACGGCGAGAGCAGAUCAGUGACACUCCAUCAGAUCUUGAAACCCCGGAGCUAUCUGUUCUUCCCCAACACUCCAUUCUCAUAUUCCCAUCGCCUCCUUCCGACCCAAGCACUCCCUCCCUCACGCACCUGCGCCACGGAUCAGCCACGCCAUCUAUCCCAGCUUCCCUUAUCUCUUCCGUCGAGGCCCGCUCACCUCCAACUGGCAGCACACCAACUGACUCAUGGGAUGACCUAGGCUCAGACGCUCAGCGGCUGCGCGCCUCCGAGCCUCUCACUCGCGACAGACUGGCCCAGCUCCAGUCAGGCUUUGAAUGGAGUGAAAAUGGCCUGGUCGAGCACUGGGAAUGGAGUGGUGGCAUGUCAUCGUCCAGUUCCAGCCCUUCAUCUCUCCUACAAGGCAGGCGUCCGUUAUCUCGACCUCCCCCAAGCGCGCUAGCCACAGACUAUCAUAGUGCUUCGUCUGAGUUUCACUUCUCGACGACAUCCUCCUCUCGCCUUGAUGAUGAGUCCGAUUUUGGCUCGCUGUUUAUGGUCGCAUUGCGCACGCGUGACGAUCCGAACCUUCUGCCCGAUCCCUUUGCAUCCACUAAUUCCUGCAUAAUUCGCCACCCAAAGACAUUUCGGCUCCCUUUUGAGUCCUGGUUACGAUAUAUCUUUGAUUUGGACCCGACGACCCUCGAUCUGCUCAAACAAUCCAGUAGACCUCACCUGAAUAAUCUGUAUCAUGGUGACCACCCAGAGCAGGACCCGUCUUGUAUCUUAUUCACCGCCCCUACUAUCGGUGAAAAGGCGACGGAUGCGGAUCAAGACGUACAGCCCCCGCGUGAUGUAUUCUCCGAUGGACCCCACAUUGCCAUCCGCACCCUGCGCAAAGGUUUAGAGGGCCUAUCGGACCAAAGCAUUUCUGCCCAACAAUUAUUUUCGACCGCGAUUCGAGUACCUUAUAUUAUAUUGCAGGCCGUGCUAAGAUGA